AAAAAUGUAUCUUUUAUCCAUGUAGAAUUUCAUAGCUAUCGCUACAGGAAAUUUAUUUUUCGCUGUAUACAUUCUCUUCGUCAAAUUCUACAUAGAUAAUUAAAGUAAUGUUCGAAUUAUUGAAAGCGAAGCUCUCCAUCAAUUGAUAGAUCCUGUUUAAGCGAUUCUGCAAUGGCAUUUGAUAUUUCAUUCGACGGUAGUCUUAAUGAUUCUCAUUAGACACAAUCAGGGAUGGUCGCCUUCAACGAAGAGUACUGGUAUCGCUCAAGGUCCUGGCGUCGCAACGUAUGUAUGAGCCAGGAUCGGACGGGCGGGUGAAAAGGAAGAACAGAAUAGGCGCGUGCACGACGGCGCAAAGCCGCCUCCUCGACGCCGACGGUAACGCCGCCGUCGACGGCGACAGUAAACGUCGCUUUUCGCGUCAGUCGGGGCGCCACCGCGAGGACGCUCCGUAUGGACGUCGGCGGGGGCAGAAGCAGUGAUCGCGGCACGUUCCCUGGGGGUGGAUCCACACCCAUGUCCCGCGGUGGUGACGCGCUACAAAGUAGUGCCGAAGGCGCGUGAUCGUGCGGGGCAUAGUAUCGCCACUCGAUAUUUUCUACUCUUCGUCACUUUCAUCGAUCUCAUCGGCGAAGAAUUCGCAAUUUUUGCAAAUUUCAAGUUCCACGAGUCCUGAUCUUUUCGUGUCGCGUGACAUGUGAUGCACAAGGAUGUGGCAAGUGUCGUCCAGAUGUCCCUCGAAGUGGCGGUAAAAUAAUUUGUGUCAAUAAGAGGUUGAAUCUUCGCAAUGGAAAGGUCGCUCGUAUGUGAUAAUAGUGACGCAAUACAUAUCACAGCGUCGCGCGUUUUCCCGCGUGACGUAAUCUCGACGUAAUAGUGAAUUUUUAAUGCGAGGGAUGGAGAGGAGUAAUGGACCUGUUACGAUGAUGCCGUAGGAUCACAGGAGGGUGCUCGCAUUUCAAGGAGGAGUGAACGAGAAGGGUGGCGGACGACGCUGAAAUGACGCAAUUUGGUCUUUGACGCCAGAUAAUUGUUCAGUUCCGAGGGUAGCACGACCACGAUGAAUCGGGAAAACGAGGAACAGCGACCGGUCCCCCAGACGCUGUGCGGUGCACUGCAAAAGGAGCCGAACUGCAAAUGCCUGGUGCUGACCGUGCUUAUAUACGGCUGUCUCGCCGCAGUAACGUGGUGCAGAUGCGCCAACGUUACCAAGAUCAUGGUCAACUACACCAAGUUCCCUAUUAGAAGCACGAAGCACGUAUCGUCGCCCUGCGACGACGGCUACAUAUACAUUCCGGUGGCAUUUAUGGGGAUGCUGUAUCUGGUUUAUCUGGUGGAAUGCUACCACUCGCCGAUCAGGAUCGAUCUGCUGCACGCGGAAAGCCAGGACAGCGUGCUGUCCAAAUUGGCGCAGCUAAAGAUGGCACAGCCAAGGAUCUGGUGGAAGGCCGUUUCCUAUCAUUACGUGCGCAGGAAACGGCAAAUCACACGUUACAGGAACGGGGAUAAUUAUACCACCACGCAGGUCUAUUACGAGAGGGUAAACACACACUCGGCCACUUCCCACUACUACUACGAUUACUGUGGAGUGAAGGACAUCAGUAAAGAGCUGAUUCUCGAGCCAAAGAUACCGAUCACGAAGAUCAUGCUCACCAAAGGCUUCGCGUUCUCGAACAUCAGGUCUGCCACGGAAUUUGAGGAGGCUCGAUCGCGAUUUUUCGCUGAACAAGAACUCAGCGAUGAUUACAUGGAGAUGAGAGAGGGUCUCGAUCUCGGAUACAACGUCAACACGAUGUUGGUGGCUGUUCUUGGUAAUCCUUGGUUUGCGAAUCGCUACGUUUACUGGUGCCUGAGUGCUUUGCUGCUUAGUUGGCCGCUGCGAGUGAUCAUCGAAUAUAAAACGCAAUACGCCGAUUAUCAGGUCACCAAGCUCUUCGGUGUAAAUUAUGACACGCCGACUUCCGGCGAGCCCAUCCACACGUCCAUGAGCCAACUGAGCCAGCCAGGUUCUUACAUGCUGGCGCCUAGUUACAGCGAGGCAUUGCUGAUGGAACCGGCGACGCCCCGCAGCGACGAGCCGGAACGAAGUCAAGAGGUCUGGCAGCCUCAAGUGGAAGCGGACGUCGCUGGGACAGACAUGGUUCCCAGCUACUCCGAGGCGCUGCUUUAUGAACGCGCCGAGCAGUUCGAGCCUCGGAAUGCGAUCCCGAAUGCCACUGUUGCCGCCGGAAACGCGAAUGACGCGGCAAUCCCCUGCAAGGAUGUGAACGAUCCGAAUGGGCGAUUGUUGUCACCGAUGCCGUGCGAGUGUCACUGUCCUUGUCCGUGCCAUGGGAACAAAGCAAACGAGAAUUACGAUCCAAGAAUGGACAUGCGUAGUUUCAUGCACAUGACCAGCAGAGAACACCUGCCUUCUCCCGGCGUGCCGCCAACGAGUCCCGGAGUCAGCGAUACCUACGAGAGCGAUAUAGCGACGCUACGAACGACGGCCGACGGCCGACUGCAUCCCCCCAGGAGCAUGACGCCGCGUUCCUUGGACAAUAUUCAGGCGGAAGCGUCGCCGAGCAGAUGCGGUAGCUGCGGCCGAAUCUCCGCCAGCACGCAGACCAUCAACUUGGACGUUCCUCCUCGUGUCACUGUCGCGAGGAUCAAACCUGGCGGCAGCUCGCUCACUCCGCCGACGGACUUCGUUCCCAGUGCAUUUCCGUCCGAAAGGGAACACGGAGCCAUACCGCGUGACAUUUCCGAACCUAAUUUGCGAUCGCGAUCGGAACCGGUGAACGUUCCGAAGGGGAACGUCAGGAGCUUGGAAAACAUUCUGGAAAACGAAGAAGCGCCGAUGAAAAGCGUCAGAGCUGGCUCUGCUGCUAGUACGGCGACGAGUUUUUCACACGACAGACCCUUCGCACACUCUUUCGAACGACAGAGAAGAUUUCCGGUCUCUUCCCGCCCGCCGCCCUUGGCCCAUCAUCGUUCUCUCUCCCUCGACGAAUCGAGGAACUAUUAUCCAAGGGAGGCGACCGGCUACGGCGGUAUUCCGAGACCCGAGCCGCGCAGCAGGAUCAUGGUGAAUCCUAUGUCGAGCGAGGACGCCUGCUGGAAGCUACCGAACUCAAGGACAUACUUCUGCCUGAAGUCGAUUCUGAAACAGAACAAUCGGAGGUACACGUUGGUGACCGCGGACGAGUUUCAGAAUCUCGCUGAUCAGAAUCCCGCUCCGAAUCAAGGCCGCGAGUGUGUUGUUGAUAACUUUGGUAGAAGCGAGAAGGGAAGUGACGUUCAACCCGACAGACCGGACGAUCGUCCGCGCUCGAGGGAGAGAUUGAAUCCCAGGCGAAGAAUGCCGUCCUUUGAGGAAUUUAUGUCGGCCAGAGAUAAAGCGUACAAUUAUUAUCAAAAACCGGAGAGCACCAGAACACUCAUUUUUGCCAGUCCGAUACAAGAGGUCUUCCCCGGCGAUCCCUUUGGCGGCAGAGAUAUCGUGCCAGUGAGAAAUUUAACAAAUCCCGCAAGCGGUUUGGCAUUCGCUCGUCCAAGCCGAUCUCCAGUCACACGAGACUUUCCGACUGAUUCGAUACCACCGGCAUUCCGACCCGAUAGCACCGUAUAUCCAUCGUUCGUCGCGCAUCCGUCAUGUCGUCACGAAAGAGAGCUCCAACAGCACCACUCGCACAGUAGAUUUCCGUUCGACAGGCCGUCAAACAGCGUGGAUGCGAAUGUCGCUCGCGUCCAAACCGAGGAAACGCCGCGAGCGUAUCGACACGACUUUUCUCUUCCACCCCCGUACGGCGGACCAACCUCCGAACGUGCAAGAAAUAGAAGAUCGAUCUCGACAAGCUCGAACGAGCCGGACGAUCUGUCCGAGGAUCGUCUACCUAAUUUAUACAUGAACAGAAGACACCAACAAGCCGGUUUAACCAGAUCGUGCACGGAGCGACGACGUCCGAAGCUCGCACAUGUCGACCGAAACUUCCGAAGGAGCUUCACAGGCAGGGUAGAGGAUUAUAGAACGGAGAACGGCAAACGAACGAAUUUCAGUAUGGAGACGUCGUUGUAACGAGCGCAUUUUGAAUCUUAGGAUCAACUGCACCGAUCUCGGUUAGACGUAACUGCGUGAACUCCGUCGCAGAAUGUUUCUAAAUUGCCGCGUCAACUCGAGAAAAUUAAAUUUCUGUGGACAAUCUGGAUGAUUUUUCCUUAGUGAAAUUUCAAUCAAACAUAGAAUUUUAUUGCAACAAAAGGCUUUGUGACAAAGAUAUAUAUAAAAACUGGCGAGAAGUAAUGAUCUCUCCCUUCAUUUUCGUCGAGGAAAAACCGAUUCGAUUAAAAAACCUAUUAUUAACAUUAAAUUUACAUAAAAAAAUAUUAGCGUUUCGAUAGUUCUUAUUAAAAAAAAUUAAUUUUCGAUUCUUCAUAAACAAUAUUAUCGUGCAGACUUUACGCGGUAUUUUGAGGAACAUUCUGUGAUAAUUAAUGAAGUAAUCAAAUCCAAAAAGAAACAGCGAAUUUUUAACUCGAGAAUACUUAAUCGAGACUAUUGGUGCAAUUCGCUCCUAGAUAAGAUUGCAAGUUUUCUUCGUCUGUGUGUGUGUCUACAAUAUUAUAGAUGGGACUGUAAUUACUCUAAUUAGGGACAGCGAGUCGCUGACUGGGGAUUUCAUUAACCCGGACUGUCGAUAUGACUUGUCAGCCUUAAAAUUGUUGCUCCUUUGUUCUACGCUACUUAUAUUAUAAGUAUCCGUCCUACUACUUUCGAGUUAAUCAGAUACGCGAACGGGUCAUGCGGUUUUCAAGAGAUAUGCCAGAUUUUAGCGUCUUCGCUUAAAUGAAGAUGGCACUCUUGAAAGAAAAACAUUGCGUUAACGCGUCGGACACGCAUUUACAAAAAUCCGGAGAUCAGAUAGCAAGCUCGGAAGAAGCCUGAGUGCACGCGCAUUUAGCGUUGAAUGUAGAUUAUUAAUCUCAAAUCUUGCACACAAAAAAAAAAACAGUAUUUACGACAAGUUUCAGGCACUCGUAAAUGCAUUAUUGCGGCUUUUUAGAUGACCGCAUUUGACGUUAAAUGCGCGCCGCGAAUACGGAGCAAAGCGUAACGAGUAGAAGCUUCAGAAUGCUUGGAUAGAGCACACCGAGAUAAAAAAAAAGGACCGCGUCUCGAAAGUGAGUUCAAGUACAAUUAAUUUUUCGGGACGACGUGCCUCGCUAAUUUAGCCAAUUCGAAAGUUAACGCGCAAUUUUACUAUUAGGCGUAUACGCUAUUACAAAACGUCGAGUCAAUUACAUAUGCGCAAGUUACUGCGAGUUGUGGCCAAAGGCAAUGUUCCCUUAGAUUAUCGUAAAUCUCGGAAUUGAAUGCUCCGCAUUAUUGUCGCACGCGAAAGUUUAAUAAGGCCGACGUCUAGGUUUAUCAUGCAUAUUUCGUGAAAAACGACGAGAAUACGAGAAUAUUGCAUUUUAACCGAAUUUCCAGCCAAUUUCUUUGCAUCAAUUAUUCCAUAGGUUUCAAAUAUAAAUUAAUUAAUUAAUAUAAAAGACUCAGGAUUCCAUUAUGUGAUUUUUAUUAAUAUUAUGUAUUAUUUUUUAUUAAUUGUAAGUAAUUCUCUAUGCUUGCGUUUCUCGGUUUUAUUUGCCUCUGAGAAAGGGCACUUACGAUCUUAAAUGUUAGCAACUGGAAAUAUAUACUGGAUGCAUAACACAAUGUAAGCAUCCACUUUUUUCCGGUUUUUUUCCUCAGGUCUUCGUCAUUACAUUUAAAUAUGAAAUAAUGAGUUGAAUGAAUAUUUUAGUUGGUGUAAAUGGUACGAAAAUUCACGUAUAUGUGUGAAGUCCUGCCAAAAAUGAGUGAAUUAAUUGAGAUUUGUGGAAAUUCUACGUAAAUCAAAAUUUAUUCUUUCACGAAAAAAUUUUCUUAAGAAUUUAAAGAAAGUUUAGAUUAAUUUACGUAUAAACCAGAUGGGUUCAUCGAACGAUAUUAAGAAAAAAAAAUUAUGAAUUGCGCAUUUCCUAAGAAUAGAGUAAAGCGAAGUAACUUGACGUUAGACGAUAGCUCAAUAAAAAAUUUCCUGCACGCGAUUAUGAUUAUGAUUAUGAUUAUGAUUAUGAUUAUGAUUAUAGUUAUUGUUAUUAUUAUUAUCAUUAUAAGAUGCGAGCGAUAUAACGACGAGAGUCACUAAGUUUUUGAUAAAUGUUCACUUUCAACCUUAAACACCAGCGCGUGCGGUGCGCGCGCUUUUUACACACGCACACACAUGCACACGUUUGCCGACAUAUGCCUUCGUCGUGUUUGUAUAUUUUGGAUCCGUAAUUCUAAGGCUAAAAAAAAGCAGUAUCGUACACGAAAAUUUAUGCGAAUAGGCUUAAGCUGAUGUGACAAAGUUGCCACCGGAGCUGUUUCGUAGAUGUACAGAAUGUCUUGCACACUUCCGUUCAUUAAUGAAUUCUUCGAUUAUUUUAAGUUGAAAGAAAAGUCUUAGGAACGCUCUGUGUAAAUAUCAAUGCCCGUGUUAAAGAUUUCAAUGAUGUGUCAUCGAUGAUAUGUGAUAAUUUAAAUGUUUCAGCCCGAGAUAGUAAAUAAGAACUAAUUAAUAAUUAAAAUUAUAAAUGUGAUAAAAGUUAAUCCGAAUUUCUCGUCGAGAAAUUUCGAACGUAAGUUCAUACUUGCCGCCUUAGGCAUGUAUGUCAAAUUAUAUUGGUAAUGUAAAUUUUCUAUAAAUGUUUCAAAGUUGUUUGUAUUGUAAAUCACGGUUUAUGUGGCGUCCAAUAUUCUCGCUGGGGCUGAAACAGGAGAAAAGUUCAUAAAUGCACCUGAUGGCCGAGACCAUUCAUACGCUCAGGGCGAUGAGUUCGGCGAAGAAACUCAGUUCACGGGCUUAGCAAUUCUGAAAGAAGUUUGCGAUUUUUAUUAGUACACAUAGAUCGAACUGCAAACAAGCUUUUACGCAGACAACCAUCGCAGCAGUGGCAGACGUAACGUAAAAUUCGUUUAACGCAAGAGAAGCGAAACGCGCUUCGUUGUUAGUGAGUAGAGCUUUGGCGUUCCGAAAUUCUCGUCAACUGCCACGUGCGACUGUGUGCAUCCAUACACGAACCGCUUCAGAAUUUUAAAGGGCGACACUGCAGCAACACUCAAUCAAUUCAGGUAUAUACUCGAAGAAAUUUACUGUGUGAUAUUCAGAAAAAAAAAAUAGAAGUGAAAACACCGCAAUAGCUUUCGUACCGAGGAUGUUUGUACAACGAAGCCGCUAUUUUUUUAGCGAAGUAACAUACUCCACACUUCAGUAAUAGAGUUCGGUCCACGUCACGGAAGUGUGGUUGUUAAAUAGGCUGUUAUAAAUAUGUAUAGCUAUCGCGCUACGAGCCAAAUAUAACGAGCCAAUGGUAAUUCCGUCGUUUAAUCGGCGCUUAUUUAAAAUCACUUGCGGACAAUCUACACGUACUUUUAGGGCGCGCAUAAUGGAAUCGAUUUCGCUCUAUCUGUCUGUCUCUCUCUCCUCUCCUCACCCCUCCAUCCUCUCUCGCGCUCUCACUCUCCGUCUCUGAAUUAACGAUACAAAACUUAUGCCGUCUCAAAAAAGUGCUCUUCUAAUUAAAUGUCACUAUAAGUCGAAGUUGAACGCGUGAUAAAAUGGGAGUACGAUAAGAGCGAAAUUACGCAUGCAUACCCGUUAGUGUAAAUCAUCUGUAGUUGGAUGUUGCAGGACACAAUUAUUAUUAUUAUUAUUAAUUAUUAUGAUUAUUAUUAUUAUUACCAUUAAUUCAUAUGAUAGAUAAUAUAAA